CCGAAGUGCACCGCGAGGGAAGAACGCGGGUCUCCCGUGUGCGGCCCGCCGUUCCCGCUUGCGGCACGCGCGCGCGCGCGUCCGCCCGCCUUUAUCGUCCUCUUUCAUCCUCUCCGCGCGAGUGACAGACGGUGGGAAAACAGACGAGUAAAUGGGUCGUCGUGCGCGCCCAAAAUCGAGAGCGUUGCACAAUUUAUGCAAAUGAUCGUGCGAAACGCAUCGAAAAAAAUUCUUCGUUUAUCGUAAAUAGACGCAAAAUCGUGCGAAAAUCGUUGUGAUAAUAGCGUAGAUAGAUAUUUAUCCGGAGAUCAAAGAAAAAGAAACUAUAUAUAAUUAGUAAUUAAAGAAGGGUAGCACUCUUGGUUAACUUUUGGAAAAUUCAUUAGGAUUGUUUAUAAAAGAGGGAUUUAAAGAGAAAGAUAUAUCGUAUAGCGAAUAUAUAUAUAUAUAUAUAUAUAUAUAUAUACAUCGCGCAGAAAUUAAACGGAAAAACCGACUGAUCGAUGUGUGUCGCGUGGACUAGGUCAAGUGACUAAUUAACAGCGAGAGUAAAUUAGAACGGGCGUAAACGGAAAGACAAAGGAAAAAAAAAGCUUUCGCACCUCACAGUUUUACGUCCAGUUCGCGUCGUCGAAUCGUCCAACAAAUCAUCAAUUUUUCGCAUAAAAAAAGAAGAAAAUUAAAUUAAAAAUUUGUUGCAAAAAGAAAAAAUUAAAAUACAAUUCGAGCGAAACGUCGAAGCGAGAGAACCGUGUCGGAGUUGAAAAAAAAAGAGGCUCGUUUGUCGGAGUAAAAGUGCGCAAGACGUGCAGCAGGUGCAACGGGAGCGCAGCUUCUGUCAUCGAUCUCGCCGCGGCUGCAGCGAGCAUGGCGCGGCCCACCGCACACGCCGGAUCGCGUCCGCGUGCGAACGCGCAGCGAUUUGACGUUGCGGUUGCGCGCGCGGCGAUCGACGGCGACCGGAUGACAGUAGUUCGCGCAACCCCCGAUCGCGACGCGCAUCAUUGAUCUCGCCGACGAAUCAUCAUCAUCAUCAUCAUCAUCAUCAUCAGCAUCCCCCGCGUUAUGACAACGACGAUGAUAACAAUAAAGAUGACGAGAACGACGACGAGGAGGAGGUCGGCGUCGCCGGCUGAAUCUUCUCGACGGAAUGCGGAAGGUCGAUCGAACGAUGCCGCCCGACGCAUCCUCCGACAGUUGCACGGCCCUCCCACGUAAGCGUCCGGCGACCUCGCAGUGAGGGCGAAGAAGAGGGGUCCUUGGUACGCGCUAACUGCGUUCGACACUCCGGAACGCAGAGGCGAGAGGAACGCCGGUGCGUCGUCCGCCCGCGCGCGGGCGGUGUUUACAUUCGCGAGAGGCGCGAGACGUGGACCCGCGAAAUCGAGAUAUCGAUCGGGAGCUCCGCGAGAGCGUUUCUUUCCCGCGCGUUCGGUGCUGUUUGGACUCUCGAGGGAGAGGGACGCGCGAAUGAGCCGAAGCCUGAGAAGCUUCGUCGAUCGCGUUCGAUUUAGUGAAGAGUGCGCGACGAAGAAUUCCCAGCAUUGUUCUCUUCUUAUGUCGAGUGUUUACGUCUGUGUUUACAUCUGUAAGAUGCGCAUUCGUGAAAUCGCCAAGAUUCAUUCGACGAGGAUUCGCGCGACGCUCGUGCAUUUUAGCCAGACUUUAGAUAUUGAAAUAUAGAAAGGGAAAAAAUAUAUGUAUAUGUGCAAAUUAAAUAAAAAAAGAAACAUAAUAUCGAGAUUGAUCGAAAUGUUAAGCUGUCGACUGACUUUGAUGAUUCGCGUGUUGUCAUGAGAAAUAAUAACACAAUUUUUCGGGAACAUCGAGGGAAAAUAUAUAUCGGCGACGCGUUCAUCGAUCAAAGUUAGGUCUGUGUUUAUGUUAUGAUGUAUCGUAGCCGAGAUGGAUUUAGAUUGAGAGCUCACACGAUGUGUAAGCGUAAUGAGAGAAACGUAGCCUAAGCGCGUGUCGCUAACAGACGAAAUCGAGAUCGAUACGUGAGAAAUAAAAGGUACGCGCAGAGAUGGACUGCUGCAAUUACAUCGAGGCUUACGCAGCAGGUGGUCACUUUUACCAGCAACAACAGCAGCAGCAACAGUACUUUUGUUACGACAAUGGUAGCGCAGUUUACACUGGCUACGAAGCCGCGCCGAUCUCUAAUGCGAUCGACAUUAACGCUCGAUACAACGGGACAAUACCCUCCACGUAUCCGACAGAUUACGUGUACAAUCCAAAGGAAGCGAGGUUGCGAAAGGCGAUGCGCGAGCAGACUCGCGAACUGUCGCGACGAUCAAUCCUACAAAACGCGAUCGCGAAUGCAAAUGCGCGCACGAUCGGCGGCGGAGCGUCCGCGGCAAUUUCCGCGUCGGUGGCCGGCGACUUCCUGAAUCAACAUCACCGUUUCGAUUGCUCGUCCGUGCCCAUGGGCCCGAACGUGAGUCCCCAUCAGGAGCCCUGGUACCAGGCCGCGCAUCGCGGCCUGAAGCCGGCGCACUCGCCGCGAAUCGGCGACUGGUACGGAAACGUGUGCGGCGAUCCGAUCGAGAGGCUGCAGGCGAUGGACGCGAUGCAUCAGCAGCAACGCGAUCUCGACAAGCCCAUCAAGGACCAAAGGAGCCAGGCGUUUGCUUCCAACGGCUAUUCGCCGGAUAUCGCGGCUGCGGAGAGGGAGAUUCGCCGACAAGAAUCCGCUGCGGAUUACGCCGACUUUGUUGACGGCCAGAAGUGGCAUCCUUAUCAAAGUAGCGUAAGCCCUCAUUCACAUCCGAGGACGCCUCAUCCGUCACCGCAAAUGGGCGGCAUUCUUCACCCGAAUGUCCAGAAUACAAACACGCAUAGACAUACACACGGUCCAUGGGGCCAAUUUUGUCACGGCGUACUACCACAUGUCCCGAUCAUGACUCACAAUACGGCGAUUCGUGGUCCGCGGCAUGCAAUUUUCUUACGGGAUCGUACGCCAACUAGGCACUGCGCAUUUUCGGAGGAUGCAUCGCAAAUGGGUUACGCUCCGAGGAAAUUAAAUAUUGAUAGCAUCCGCGCGUCUUAUCCAUUACCGGAGCAUCAGAUGCCAAGAAUGCUGGAAUCAGCGGUGGAUUCCGUCAUAGACUCGACGACGACAAUGAAUCGUCGCGAGGAGGACGACGGGACCAGAUGGGAGCCAAACGCCGUCACCGCCGGAGUGUCUCUCGACGAACUUGUGCCAACCCCUACGCCGCAGGAAGGCACAGUUUCCCGCGAGAAGGAGCAGCGCGAGUCCCGGCACUCGAGCGAGCGAUUCGAACCGAAGAGGAAGCAACCCGUUUCGAAGCAGCCCCUUCCAGGUUUUCAUCAGGCCUUCGGUUCCACGGAGAUUGGCAAAUUCUCCCGCUCGGAGUUCUUCGUGAACAUGGUGGGCGAAACCGGCGGCGACGGCGGCGGCGACGGAGGAGACGCGGUCGACGACGGCGGCGAGGACGGCGAUGUAAGUAAGGAACGUCCGCUGCUGGAGACGACGGGAAGCACCGCCGCAGCAGCUCCCGCGACGGCCGCGACCGCGGCUACGACGGCGACGGCUGCCGCAGCGGCGGCCGCUGCGGCCGUCGCCGCCACCACGUCCGGAAAAGUCUUCGAUGCCGAGGAUAACCAGGCAACGUACGCCGUCGGCGCGUAUUGCGGACAGCCGACGACGCCGCGCUGGCACAGUCCACACGUAGGUGCUAUAGGUAGCGAAAUUUAAGCGGGUUCAGUCGCGGUAUUUGCGUAUCGUCUUCAUUGACAUUCGUCAAAAUUUUAAAAAGACGUCAAGGUGUCAAAUUUUUUUUAGACUAAUUGGAAGAAUUAUAUAUAUAUAUAUGUGUCAAAUUUGUUAAUUGCAAUUGGCGUAAUUGAAGUAUUAACAAGUACGUUGAGACGGUAUAGAAUACCGCUACAGAUCGACUCCAGUAGGACGUUGUCCUUGUCUUUUAUUAGGCUAAAGCGGUUCCCGUAGCUUUCCGACGCGUGACAGAUUGCGAUGAGGUCGAAUGGCAAUAUUGCAUUUCCGAUAGAUACAAGUUACAAGUGUAACACUAGUAGUUUGAUGUGUAGAGCAGAAUUUGGUAACAGAGAAAUGUCUAAACUUUGUGUUACAUAUGCCAAUUAAAGAAGAAGUCAUCCAGAAAUUGCAACCGCUAUAAUUUCAGCAUGUAUAUUUGAAUUUUUACACUAAAAGCACGAAAAAGUGAUUUCUAUGAAAUUUAUUCAUGAGAAUGAGAUUCCCGAUAAUUAUUAUGUAUAAGACAAGAACCAAAUUUUGUGGUAUAUUUCUAAGGUUAGAAAUUGAGCUGACAAUGGUAUCGGUUCCAAUCCCUGGAUUUGUCUCCACGGCGAAACCUUUGUCGAAACCUAUAGCGCCGCUCGGAAAGGAAAAGCGGGACACGCGCGUCAUGCGUAGCGAAUGCAAGUGCAUCGAUUAGCGAAAGCUGUCGGGGAUCGAUGUUGGCGUACGAAACGUCCCGACAAACUGCGAACGUUCGUCGAGAUUGUGCCUUCCAGAGGAUCGGGGACGCGUCGGGGAGUUCUCUCGUCGAGUUCUCUCGCCUUAUCGAGAAUCAAAGCAGAGCACGAUACACCGCGUCUCGUAUGCCAAAAGGAAGAUAUAAUCAAAAGUAAUCAUUGCCGAGACGAUACGUAUUCGAUCGGCACCUUCCAUCACUGUUGUUAGAUGCCGUCGACGUUAUACACGUCGGCGAGAGCGAUUAUACAUAUAAAUAUAUAAAUAUAUAUAUAUUAUACUCGUGUGUAAUAUGUGAAGGAACGAAUACGCGCGACGAAGAGAGUAAGUUAUUUAGUAGAUUCUUUAGAUGAGUACGUAUUGCCGCACGGAGAAACGAUCAAAUAAAAGUGAAACACGCCUGCGAGCGUUGGAAGCCGGGAAGUCGACAGGUAAACGUUCUUCCGCUUCUGGAAAAUAAUUGCGAAGGGAUAAUGCACGGUAGUUUGUGUUAGGAAUCUGCGUCCGAAUGUCUUUUCUUUCGGUCAAUAUCUGCUUCGAAAAAAAUUACCAUUUAUCAUGAUUAAUUAAUAAACUUUUUUUCUGAAUUGCUUAAAAUUUAGGCAAUUAAGCUUCAUUACAUUUAAGUAUUUUUAUAUUUUUAUCUCGAUAAAUUAAUCUGGCAUACUCUAUUUCUCAUCUGAGAUUCUAAUAAAGUCUAUUGACGUUUUGCCGGCAGAUUCUUAAUACGCGCUAAUAUCUGUAACUUGCGUCUAGUCUAUCGACCAGUUAAUUCGGGAUAAAUUCGUGCCGGAUACCCUGUACCUAUAAUGGGACCAAAUUACGAGAAACUUUUAUGUCGCGUUCACCGUCGCGCUUACGUCCUACGAUGUAUGGUCGCGUAAAAGAAAUUUCCCUCAUUCUGUUCGCGCGAUCGCUCGCGAGUGAAAAAUAAAAAGUAAAAAAAAAAAACGCGAAACUUCCCGCUUCGAGAAAUGUGGAAUAUAUUCUGCAGAAUAAAGUGUGACACAUAUGAAAGUAUAUUAAUAUAAUUGAAAAUAUAUUCCACUUCUUGUAUAACGGAGAAUGAACAUAAUCACGCCUUAAAAAACAUAUUUAGACAAUUGUCGAAUCAAAACGUGCAUGAAUAUCAAUAACACGAAAAAAAAUGACGUUAUAUCCGUAGGACAAAGAGAUUGAAGUAAUCUGAACUAGAUAUUGAUAGUAUUUGACAUCGUAAAGAAAUCGUCUUUUUGGCGUCGAUGUACUGUGCAUAUUGAAAGAUGCAAGUAACCUUUAUAAAUGAGGGAUACUGUUUAAUUAAUCAGAAGAACGUAAAUGUACUGUAUGAUGCGCAAUAUCAUAAGCAACGGUAGCUAAAAAGAAAUAAAACAAACCGACCUAUAACAGACCUACAAUGUUUUAUGCAAAAUAGGUACCACAAAUGUCAAGUUUAUCUGCAAAUAUCAACGAGAAUUUUAACGCGCAUGCUUUCAAAAUAAAAAAAAUACAAAUUGGCAUUUGCGGUAUAAUCGUCCUGUGAUACGAGAUAGACAUAAAGAUUCAUCUCAUCGCAAAAUGUAUGCUUUACUCUCAUUCGAUCGGGACGAUCGCGAGCAGUAUGACAAGAAUAAACGGAUGUCUAUGCGACAGUAAAGAAGAUAAAAUGAAA